GACUUGGAGUUUACGUUCGGCGCUGCAUCCGACAUAAACUACUGUUGCUCCCCGGGUGAGAGUAACUAAAAAAAAAAUCGGCUGUUUCUCGCUUUCCUACCGAGAACCGAGAGACGAAAAGAUGAGCACGGUCACCGAGAAAACGCUGGGCGUGGAGUUCGGAAUUGGUGCCUUGGCGGCGGUGGGAGCCGGCUUCUUCACGAAUCCCGUGGACGUGGUGAAGGUGCGGCUGCAACUGCAGGGUGAGCUGGAGGCGCGAGGCUCGUAUCAGAAGAUAUACAAAAACACCGUGCACGCCGCGUAUCUGAUAGCUAAGCACGAAGGUGUAUUGGCUCUACAAGCGGGAAUUGUACCCGCGCUCGCCUUCCAGGUGGUACUCAACGGUAUUCGUUUGGGCGCAUACAAGUCUGCCCAGAGAUACGAACUGAUCACUGACAAACAAGGCAAUACCGAUGUUCUACGGACCACCCUGGUGUCCGGCACGGCCGGCUGCGUCGGCGCCGUCCUCGGCAGUCCGUUCUAUCUGGUCAAGACGCAAUUACAGGCGCAAUCCGCGAAAUCCAUCGCCGUGGGCUACCAGCACAGUCACUCGGGAUCGUGGAACGCCUUCAAGUCUUUGUGGAUGGAGGGCGGCAUCGUGGCUUUAUAUCGUGGAUGGAACGCCAGCAUGCCGCGCGUAUUUGUCGGCUCGGCGACGCAGUUGACUACUUUUGGAUUAGCAUCGGACUGGUUGCGCUCGCUAAAUAUAUUUCCAGAUCGUCCAAUAUUGCUGACCUUCUUGGCCUCCGUGAUCGGAGGUAGUUGCGUAGCCAUCACCAUGCAGCCGUUCGAUGUCUUAGCAACGCGGUUGUACAAUCAACAGACAGACGCGGCCGGCAAAGGUGCUCUGUACAAAGGACUCGGAGACGCAUUCGUCAAGAUAUUCCGCACCGAGGGUCUGACGGGCCUGUACAAAGGAACGUUCCCAACGUGGAUGAGGAUAGCGCCGCAUACGGUUCUGUGCUUAGUGUUUUACGAAAAACUAGAUCAACUGUACAAUGAUUUUAGAACACGAACCGACUGAUAUUAGUUUUAAAUUUGUAUACAAAUGAUAUAUAUUUCAGUGUAUUUAUAUACCUCCUAAAUGUAUGCAAAGUGAGACUUUUGUAAGAUUUUUCAAGGAUGUUGAAUAUUAAAUAUUACAUACCUCUAUUCGAAUAAAUUGAUGUUACGAAUUGGCAGUGAUCGCUCGAGUGUGGAUAGAAAUUUUAAAAUUAUGGACGUACGUUAAAAUAUUGUAUAAAUGUAAAAAAAUCUUAACCGCGUGUACUCUAAUCAUCUUUGCGUAUAACAUCAUUCUACACUAUUUUGAAUAUUUACGAGAUAGAAUAUAUAUAAGUAGUCAAUAGUAUAUAAAAUUUGCUCACAUAGUGAAUUUUUCGCUGGAAUAAAUUAAUCUUGUACCAGGAAGAGCCUUUUCUUACAUCGAUGUGUUGUGCUGUUACAUGAAUCAGAUAUCAGCACAACACGCGAAUUGUCAUUCGCGUAUGAGCAACGUGUGGCGAUAAUGAUUUGUUGAUUCCAUUAAAAAACCGUAUAAA